CCGGAUCCAAUAUCACCACCAUCUCCGUAUCCGAACCUGUGCCGCCGCGAACGUGCGACAGAAGGCGAACAAUCUGGGCACCAUCUUCGGUCUGAGCAACCGUCGGAGGUCCGCGGCAACAGCCGACGAGCAGAAGAUCCCCGUCCCUCAAGGCCACAACGAAUCAACCGUCGCCUCCUCCAGUUCACUCCUCCCGUAUUAAAAUCCACCCCUCCCAUUUCCGAAUCCACACUUCCCUCUCUCGAUUCCACGGAGAAGAACAGCAAGACGCAACCGACCAGGAAGGCAAGCGAAUCCGCCAUGGCUUCCGCCUCCUCGAAGGCCAAGCAGAGCCUCUACCCCGAGGUGAACCAAUCCCACCCCGAUCUCAGCACUGCCUUCCUCUCCGCCCCCACCACCUCCACCACCGCGGCCACCGGCACCUCCCUCUACCCCACCGUCGACCCGAACGAGCUCGCUAAGAACCUCUUCCCCGAGACCGCCGAGGACGACGGCGCGCCACCGCCGCCCACCACCGAGGAGACCCUCGUUGCCGUCCCGGGCGCGCAGCUCCACCUCGUCGACCCCGACCGCAGCGUCGACCUCGGCGCGGGCACGCUCUCCGUCGUGCGCCUUCGCCAGGGGGACCACUCCAUCGCCAUCCUCGCGCGCAUCGUCCCGGAGAAGCCCCACCAACGCCGCGGUCUCUUCCGCUUGUUUAGCAGCGGGCGGUCCGGCGAUGGCGCCGAGCAGGAGCCGGUCCAGUGGCCGCUCACCCGCGAUGUCGCGGCGGUCAAGCUCGACCCUGCGCACUACUUCUUCUCGCUCCAUGUCCCGCACACGGACCACGACGACGACAAGGAUGACGCAGAGGAGGCCGACGCGGAAGCGGCGCUGAGCUACGGCCUCACGGUCGUGGGGAAGGGGCAGGAGAAGGUAUUGGGGGAGCUGGACAGGGUCUUGGAGGAGUACACCACCUUCUCGGUGAAGCAGGUGGAAGCGGCGGCGAAGGAGAAGUCGGAGGUGAUGGACGCGAGGGCGGUGACCGAGAUCACGCCGGAGGAGGCUGUCGGGGAUAAGAAGGAGGUGGUGGAGGAGCAAUCGGCAGCGUUCUGGACGACGAUCGCGCCGAACGUGGACGACUACAGCUCGGCGGUGGCGAGGCUGAUCGCGCGGGGCUCGGGGCAGCUGGUGCGAGGCAUCAUCUGGUGCGGGGACAUCACGGCGGAGGGUCUGCGGCGUGGGGAGGUGGUGGUGAAGAAGAGUGUGGGGCCAAGCGGGAAGCCGGCGCAGGUGAAGCCGAGCACUAUCAGGAGGAUGAAGAGGGCUAGGAGGGUUACAAAGAUGUCCAACAGGGUAGCAAAUUCAAUCCUCUCUGGUGUUCUGAAGGUCACCGGCUUUGUUACAAGCACUGUGUUGAACUCCAAACCAGCACAGAAGUUCUUCAAAUUGAUGCCUGGCGAAGUUAUUCUUGCUUCACUUGAUGGAUUUGGAAAAAUAUGUGAUGCUGUAGAGGUGUCUGGCAAGAAUGUGAUGCAAACAUCGUCAGUUGUGACAACUUCCGUUGUAACGCACAGAUACGGCGAGCAAGCAGGAGAUGUCACACACAAUUACCUCCACGCCACAGGAAAUGCUCUCGGAGCUGCAUGGGCUGUCUUCAAGAUCAGGAAGGCACUGGACCCGAAGGGCAAUCUGAAGAAGUCGUCCAUGGUCGGCUCAGCUGCGCACGCUGUAGCUAAAGAAUCAAUAGCUAGGCAAAAGAGGAAGUGAGCCGACGUGGCCGAUGGUUCCGCUGUAUGUGUAAUGUUAUCUGUUGUUGUCAUUGUCUUGUCAGCUAGGAAAACUAUCGCUUGCGAGUUGUGACCGCUGUCAUGAUGAUUUUGAUUAUCUUUUUUUGGUUUUGGGUUUAUGUUGUAACGUUGUUGUACAGUGUUGUGAAACUUCACAUGCAUGGUCUGAUGUAUUACAUACGUGUAAAAUCAAACGUUUGGCUUAUGGGAGAUGACAAAUUUCCACCUGCA